UCAUUUGGAGACAAAGAAAAAGUUUCGAUCUAUGGUAGAGGUUUAUAAAUUUAUUGUAUAUGGGGAAGUUCCUGAAAAAAUGAAGAAAUUACGCGAAAAUGAAGAAACCUUGCAGGUGACACCGAGAAGUAAACCACAUGUACGCGGUAAAAAAUUGAUCAAACAUUAUGUAGUUGGAACAUGUACUGAAUCUUGCAAAGGAGUUUACAUAAAAAAUUGGGGAGAACCUAACUACUUAUCUGAACGUGAUAUCCCUUCCAACAUUGGAAAAAAGAGAAAAAGAGAAAAUGAAAAUUUAUAUGGACAUCAACAGGUGACCUUGGGAGAAGAUGCAACACAUGUGAACUCAAGAGAUACUACAUUAAGUAGUCAUGUACACUCUUUUCUUUACCUUUGGGAUUUUGAGCUCAUACCCUGAGGCACACAAUGAAAAACUUACCCAAAAAAAUUAUCAGUGUACUACUUAUUCAACUGAAUAUUGAUGAAAGUUAUUUGUCUUAGGUUAUUUAUGAAA